AAACACGCACUGUCUGCAGCGACAGGCGAUCACUUCUGAUUCACUUUACUGCGAGCCAGCACUUUCACAUCUUGGAGCCCCGAGCGACUCCCUUUUUUUUUUCUUCUUCUUCUUCUUCUUCGUAUCCUCUCCAUUUUUUUUCCGGGGGUAGAAGGAAACGCACCGUGUUUGAAGCGUGCUUUUCUGUAGCUUCACAGCUGGAAAGUUGCUUCCCCCUUGGUCAACGUGGGCAUCAGCUCCAAAAGCAUGGCGGAUUACCUGAUCAGCGGUGGCACGGGAUACGUCCCUGAAGAUGGACUCUCCGCUCAGCAGCUCUUCUCGGUUGGAGAUGGCCUUACGUAUAACAGAUCUGACCAACAGUGCGUUGUCUCCGAUGGUCAUACGGCUGAAGAGCUAUGCUCUAAAGGAGAUGGGUUGACUUACAAUGACUUCCUGAUAUUACCUGGCUUCAUCGACUUCACCUCAGACGAAGUGGACCUGACGUCAGCGCUGACCAGGAAGAUCACGUUGAAGACCCCGCUCAUCUCCUCCCCCAUGGACACGGUCACAGAGUCGGCUAUGGCUAUUGCGAUGGCGCUUAUGGGAGGCAUUGGCAUCAUUCACCACAACUGCACACCAGAAUUCCAAGCCAAUGAGGUCCGCAAGGUUAAGAGGUUUGAGCAGGGUUUUAUCACGGACCCCGUUGUGAUGAGUCCGCGCCACACGGUCGGGGAUGUGUUCGAGGCCAAAGUAAGACAUGGCUUCUCUGGUAUUCCCGUCACAGAGACGGGCAAGAUGGGCAGCAAACUGGUGGGCAUCGUCACCUCCCGAGACAUCGACUUCCUCUCCGAGAAAGACCACAGCAAACCUCUGGAGGAGGCCAUGACAAAGAGGGAGGAGUUGGUAGUGGCUCCGGCCGGUGUUACCCUAAAAGAAGCCAAUGAUAUUCUGCAGCGCAGUAAAAAAGGCAAGCUUCCCAUUGUAAAUAAUAACGACGAGCUGGUGGCCAUUAUUGCCAGGACGGAUCUGAAGAAGAACAGGGACUACCCGCUGGCCUCCAAAGACUCGCGCAAACAGCUGCUGUGCGGCGCCGCCAUCGGCACCAGGGAGGACGACAAAUACCGACUGGACCUGUUAGUGCAGGCUGGAGUGGAUGUCGUUGUGCUGGACUCUUCACAAGGCAACUCGGUGUAUCAAAUCAACAUGAUAAAUUAUAUUAAACAGAAGUAUCUAGAAUUACAAGUGGUGGGAGGAAAUGUGGUCACAGCAGCUCAGGCCAAGAAUCUGAUCGACGCCGGUGUCGAUGCUCUGCGAGUCGGCAUGGGCUGCGGCUCCAUCUGCAUCACGCAGGAAGUCAUGGCAUGUGGAAGGCCCCAGGGGACCUCGGUGUACAAGGUAGCCGAGUACGCCAGGCGCUUUGGAGUGCCCGUCAUCGCUGACGGAGGCAUUCAGACCGUGGGCCAUGUGGUGAAGGCUCUGUCUCUCGGAGCGUCGACUGUAAUGAUGGGCUCGUUGCUAGCGGCAACCACUGAGGCUCCAGGGGAGUACUUCUUCUCAGACGGUGUUCGGCUGAAAAAGUACCGCGGCAUGGGCUCCCUGGACGCUAUGGAGAAGAGCACCAGCAGCCAGAAACGCUAUUUCAGUGAGGGCGACAACGUAAAGGUAGCCCAGGGUGUGUCGGGCUCCAUCCAGGACAAGGGCUCCAUCCACAAGUUUGUCCCUUACCUGAUAGCUGGUAUCCAGCACGGCUGCCAGGACAUCGGGGCAAAGAGUCUCUCUGUCCUCCGUUCCAUGAUGUACUCUGGAGAGCUGAAGUUUGAAAAGAGGACCAUGUCGGCACAGGUGGAGGGAGGUGUUCAUGGACUCCACUCUUACGAGAAGCGGCUUUACUGAACAGGGUGCAGCAUGUUCGAGCAUGUCUCUCUCCAACGGCAGAUGGAGUGCAGAUCAUCGGUGCACGUCUAACAGUUAGUUCUGCUAAAAUACCCACUACACCCUCUCUGCCCUCUCGUUUCCACCGUUACUCUCCUCUCUGAUCCCAGCCGGCGGCUCUUGGGAGGACGGAGGCACAGUAUCAAAGUGAGAAUCCUCAAACCGACACUCGACUCUCUCUCCCUCUCUCUCUUUCUCCCCCCCACCCCCCCCCCCCCCCCCCCCCCACCCCCACACCCCUCUCUGUGUACACCUGGGAUUUUGCACCCAUGAAGCGGCGCAUCAGGGUUUUCGGAAUGACACGCCUGUACCUCGAAGUAUGCAGCCAAUCCCAAUUUAGCGUGCGUGUUGACGGUAGUGAGUGGAUGAGCUGUGUGUGUGUGUGUGUGUGUGUGGGUGGUGAAUCGAGGGUAGCUUGUGUCUGACUGAGUUAACAAUGUGUCUAGGGACAACUGAAGUGAAGGUGCACUGUGUUUAGUUGUUAUUAGAGAGUGUAAAACGGCCGUGGUGCAGAUCACAUCAGCAUCCUAUCUGGCUUUUUUUCUUCUUUUUUUGGGGGAUCCACGUUUACAGCCCCCCACCUCCACCCCCCUCGUCUGAAGCCUCUCACAUCCCAGCUCUUAAACACACCAGUACAUGCAGAAAACAAGUAUGUUGUACUUCUAUGUGAAGUGUAUUAUUGGUGUUUCAUGGCAAUCUUACUUUUCUUUUCUUUUUUUUCUCAAUUUUUAAGUCAUUUAAGGUAUAAGCUACUUUAUGAACAGUAGCUGUUUAUAUGGCAGCGCAUAUUGUUUACUUCCCCGUAUCGUGGAUCCAGAGGUACGAGAUAUUGGCCGUGCCAAUUUUCCUGUCGACUUUGUAUCCGUCAGUGUCCCCUUCAAUCAAUAGACUGAACCCAGACCCCCAGUCUUAACCUUUUUUUUUUGUGGGCCUUCAUUUUACCCUUCAACGACAUCUUGGCAUAUAAUCAGUGUCCCAUUUCAGUGCAUAGUGUUCAUAUGUUGAGCGUGGAAGGGACCAAAAGCUGAAGAAUCGGGUAUGUUGGACGAAGAAGAAAAAUAACAACCUAAAAUCUAUUGCGUCAAUCAAGAAUAGUUCGAAAGGAGGACUAUUUCUCUGCCCGUAAUUUGAAUACUUUUAGAUAAAACAAACUUUAUAUUGAACCUGUAUAGUCCUAAGGGGGGGCUUUGAAUUGCGCAUGAUGUGUUUUGAUAUGCAUGUUAGUUUUUUCACAAAGCCAAACAUGGCUGUAUUUAUAUCCCACGUAACUGUAAUUGCAUAUAUACUGCCAAGUGUCUUUACGCUUCCUUCUGACACUUUUUUUUCCUUUUGUAAUUUCGAAACCAAAAUUGGCGCAAGAAGUCGCUCGUUACCUAGUCACUUCAUUCCUGCUUUCUCCACAGUGUGGCAUAGGUUGUCUGUGAUUGUUUCUGUUCGUUCUGAUUUAAUUAGUUUCUUUAUGCCAGAGAUAUGCCUUGAAACGGGGAUGGAUAAAAAGGCUGCAUGACAGCUCAGUGAAAAAGCAGAAUGCCACACACCCUCUCGCCUCCUUUUUUUCUUUCUUUCUUUAAAACUGCAUCGCUUGUGUUUAUCAUUGAGCUUAUGUAGGAGUAGGCUUUUCUAACAUUCAUACUGGAUGUCCUUCUGGCCAGAUGUAAUUGUUGUUUUUUUUAUUUUAAAUAAAAUUUCCCAGAUUGUAAGAGUUGAAUUGAUUCCUCUACCGUGAUAAUGUAUUUUACCCUGAACAGGGUUUCACUUGACAAAAAAAAAAGCCUUGCAAUUGGACAAAAUUGCAAAAUAGAUGUACAUGGAAAAAAUAUAUGAAGAAAUAUAUACCUAUAUCCGUUUGGAAAUGACUGCUGCUUGUUUUCAGUUUCCCAUCUAAAGAGAUAAUUCAGGUUUUUUGUUUUAAAUGUCUUAUUUGUAAAGUACUGGGUUCUGUUAGUCCAUCUAAAAAGCACAGAUAUAGUGAGAAGUGGGAUAUUAGGUUUACAUUUGUUUUUAUUUUUUCUGCUGCACUUUUUGUAUGAUUUUUACCUCUAGGAUAUUGUGAAGCCCCUGCAGUUGCCUGAAGUAGCUUCUGCAACCAAAACAAUAAGCGUUGGCUUUUUAGAUGGACAGAAAAGACUCAGUAUUCAUUCAAAUCGUUUGGGAUUCUUUGAGAAAUAUCACUUAAGCACAUGUUUACAGUAAAACACUCAAUGUUUUUGUUUCUUUUGCUUUCAAUAUGGUCAAACAAGAAUAAAUAAAUCCAACAAGUA